UACGCAAUAAGUCUUCCGUGCCCACCCCGCCUGACUGCCGCCGCCGCCGCCGGCCACAACUCAGUCGUCUCCCACCCCGUAUCCACAAUGGCUUCCGUCGGCUCCCCGCCCGCCCCCGAACUCCUAAUGGCAGUUCGUAACGAGCACAACAAGCCCUCCGUCUUCCGGUCCCUCCUCGUCAUCCGCCUCCUCAACGCCUGGUGGGUCCUCACCUUUUUCCAGCCCGAUGAGUACUUUCAGGCCCUCGAACCCGCCUGGCGCAUGGCUUUUGGUGAAGGCAGCGGCGCCUGGAUCACUUGGGAAUGGAGAAACCAGCUCCGCUCCUCGCUGCAUCCCGCCCUCUUCGCCGGCGUCUACACUCUCGCAGACCUUGUAGCCCGCCCCCUCCCCAUCAUCAGGCCAUGGCUCCUCCUUGCCGCUCCAAAGGCCGCACAGGCCGUCUUUGCCGCGGCCGGCGACUGGUACACCUGGCAGCUGGCCGUCAAGAUCUACGGCGCCGAUAGCUCCGUCUCGUGGUUCGCUCUAUUCAUGAGCAUGUUCAGUCCUUUCCAAUGGUACUGCUCCACCAGAACCUUUUCCAACUCGCUGGAGACCACCCUCACCAUCAUGGCCCUCAACUACUGGCCCUGGGAACUCCUCGGUGAUGCAAAGACCGAAAAGGAGAACCCCAAGCCCGCGGUGUCCAUCUUACACACGCCCGGGACUCUCACAAGCCUCCGCAUAUCCCUCAUCCUCGCCGCAACAGCAGUCCUCCUACGCCCAACAAAUAUCCUCAUCUGGACAACAGUCGCCCUCGCAACCCUCCUCCGGCCCCUCCUCUCCCGCUCAGGCUCCACCACCUCCGUCCUCACCCCGCAAACCAUCCUCCUCCUCCUCCGCGAAGCCCUCCUCUGCGGCACCCUCGUCCUCUCCCUCUCCCUAACCUCAGACCGCCUCUACUUCAACCAGUGGGCCUUUCCCCCCUACAAAUUCCUCUACUUCAACCUCUCCCAAUCCCUCGCCGUCCUCUAUGGCCGCAACGACUGGCACUACUACCUCUCCCAAGGCCUGCCCCUCCUCUCAAUAACCUACCUCCCCUUCGUCCUCUACUCCCUCUACAACCCCACGCCAACAACCCAACACUCCAAAAUCAGCACGGCAACCCUCAAAACCCUGUCAUGGACAGUCUACAUCACAAUCGCAGCCCUCUCCUGCGUCUCCCACAAAGAAGUCCGCUUCAUCUACCCCCUCCUCCCUGCCCUUCACAUCCUCGCCGCCGCGCCCCUAGCAGCCUUCUUCACAGUCCCGGCCCCACCACCCUCCGCAAAAUCCCCGCUCCCGAAGCCCCGCCUCCGCCGCAAACGUCUCCUCACCUCCGCCCUCGCCAUCCACGCCGCCCUCGCCUUCUUCCUCACCCUCCUCCACCAACCCGCGCCCAUGACGGUCCUAACCUUCCUCCGGACCUCGUACGCCCGCAUCCACCCAGAGCAGGCAGUCACAUCGGCCCCGAUCGCUUCCUUAGCUUCAGCCUCAUCAGGACCAGGCUCCUCAUCAGCGCCAAACGAAGAAACCGGCCACGAACUCUUCGCCCUCUUCCUAACACCCUGCCACUCCACCCCCUGGCGCUCCCACCUCCUCCACCCCUCCCUCCGCGCCCGCGCCCUAACCUGCGAACCGCCCCUCCACACGCAACCAAACACCCCCGAACGCGAAGCCUACCGUGACGAAGCGGACCGCUUCUACGACGAUCCCCAGCUCUUCAUGGCGACCGAGUUGUGGCCCGCGGGAGCCGAGUCCGGGGUUGAGUCAACAACAACACCACCAGCAGGAGCCGAGGACAUCCCCCGCUACAUCAUCGGCUUCGAAGGCAUCGAACCCUGGCUCAACUCCUUCUUCACCCACCCCACUGGCGCAGGCCACCAUCUCGGCGUGAGCCCCAAACGCGUCUGGCAGGGCUGGAACGGCUUCUUCAACGAGGACGCCCGUCGCCGCGGGAAGCUUGUUGUUUGGGAUACGGGGCUGUACACUACAGUGUCCUAAAAAGUUCUCAAUGUCAGUUGUGUAAAAGUAAAAGAGAAAUAAUGCAAACGAAUCAAAAGAAAGGAAAAGUCGGGAAACCGGAUCCCGUAAGAAAAGAGAAAAGAGAAAACCAGACCUAUAAACCAAUCAAUAUAUUCCCCUAGCGGAAUAAUAAAACCUUUGUUCAAUCUGCCGUUGAAAUGUCAGGGAGCCCCACUGAUGACAUUACCUCUCUGCAUCACGUUGUCACAGAAGUCAGGCAUCAUCGCAAACUUCCAAACAUGAGAAUUAUUCUUUUUUCUUACCCUAUCCUAGGCCAUAGACACACAAAUCCAAACCCCAGGAAACGUUAGGUGGGAUAGGAGUGGCCGGGACUACUACACUCAUGA